CCGUAACUAAAGCUAUAAUGCAUCCCAACAAUAUAUUCCUCCUAUUACCAUAAACUUGGCAUAGUCAAUUAUACCAAUUUUCAAAGGUGUUUAGGCCAUUCCCAACGACACCUUCUUGUGCUUGAGCUAUAGCCCUUAACAUUAGCAUGAGAAAUUUGGUAAUAGUUGCCUUUGUAUUUUUUGUUGCAGUGGAAGGAACUCUAGGAGGCAUAGAAUGUGAGAAUUUGAACCAAGACACAUGCGCAUUUGCAGUGUCAUAUGCAGGAAAACGUUGUGUUCUUGAGAAGCAUGUUAAGAGAAAUGGUGAAGAAAAAUAUACAUGUAGAACAUCAGAGAUUGAAGCUGAUAAAUUAAAGGACCAUAUUGAAAGUGACCAAUGUAUUAAGUCUUGUGGUUUGGACAGAAAAUCCUUUGGAAUAUCAUCUGAUUCUCUUCUUGAAUCUAGUUUCACAAAAAACCUUUGUUCUCCUCAGUGUUACAAAAGUUGUCCCAACAUUGUUGAUCUCUACUUCAACCUUGCUGCUGGUGAAGGUGUGUUUCUUCCCAAGUUGUGUGAGGCUCAAGGUGCUAAUGCUCGUCGAGAAAUGGCUGAGAUCAAAAGCUCUGGAAUUGCUGCACCAGGACCAUUGCAUUCUGGAAAAUUCGUAGCUACAUCACCAGAAUCCUCUGAAGCCAUGAAACUCACAGUUGAACCUCCAGUUGCACCAACAAUCCCACCAUACUAAGUAGUAGAGCUUUUGCAAAACAAAGAAAUAAAUUAUGAUAAAUAUAUUUAAUGUUUAAUAAGUUAUAUUAUGUCCAGUUUAUUUAUAAUAAGGAAGUUGAUCACAAAUAAUAUAUAGGGUUUUGGAAUGUAUUAGUAAUAUAUUUUGUUGUCCACUCAAAAUAAUGUGUGUAACUGUUGUAUGAGAGGAUUUAAAUAAAUGAAUAAUUGAAGUAUAA